AUGUUUAUCCUCGAAAAGUGUCGUUUAGACAACAGUAAUGCUAGUAAUUCCACUGUAAACAAAUGUCACAUUUUGGGUUUACGUAUUUUAACAAACGUAUUAGAAUUAGAACUGGAAUCACCGCAAUUAUUACGAACUUUUGCUUAUAAACUUGUCGAGCUUGGUCUUUUGAAUUUAGUUGAGAAUAUUUUACGACAUAUCGUAAAUUUAAGAUUGGAUGAACCACAAUCGUAUCGAGAUCUAGCAUUAUUAUUGCAAGAAUCUAAUAUUCAAAAUAAGACUAUUGCGGAAAUAUCAGAUCUAUUUAAAACAGUUAUAUUGGGUGAGUGGGAUGGACGUUUUGCUGAAAUUGAAGUUACAACAUUGCACGAAUUUAAUUGGUUUCUAUUUGAAUAUCAUCAACAACAACAAAUAUCUAAUUUCCUUGAUAAUCGUCUAAUUCGUCAUUUACCAGUUGAUUUAAGAAUUGUUAUGAUCUGGGAUACAAAUGAUACAGAUGUUGAUUUGCAUGUCAUUGAACCAACCGGUGAAGAAUGUUACUAUUCUCAUAAAAAUACAGCCAUUGGUGGCAUGAUAA